AGCUGUUUGAAUUGCUUUUGACUUCUCGUUUGUGUUUUGGUUUUUGGCAAAGUUUAGGACAUGUAUACAUUUUUUUUAAAAUACAGGAUAAAUUUAAUAAUAAUCUAGAGCUAACGACGAUAAUGGAAUUGUUAAACACUUCUUUAACGCCAGUGCGCUUUGUUGACAGCCAGCGUGUGCAAUCUCCAGUUAAACACGAUGCGAAUUUGGCCACCUGCAAGGCUCGCCUGGAAGCCUUAGUUGCUGAUCUUCAAAGUAAUUAUGCCAAAUGGCAAAUAGCUCAACAACGCGGCACCGCGCUGUGCUACGCCAUCGAAGCCAGAAAGACGCGUUGUUUGACAAUGCGAAUGCCGAGACCGGCUUUUAUCCGGAAGAUCUGCACAAGCCCUGCGAUAAGUUGGCCAUUAUUACAUCGAUUUUUGUUGAUAUCUUCACAAACACCCGCGAGAUUCUGCGUCAAUUGCGUGCCUUAACCCUGCUCGCGGGCGUUGCCUCGAAUGUGAUCUUUUACCGUACCUGGAAGUUAACGCAAUUUGUAUCCUUCACCGAGGACCUAUUAAAGCGAUACAAACAGGAGUCGCUGGUGAAACAGCAAGUAAUGAGCAACAUAGCGCACAGCACUUGCAGAGGCAAGCUAAUCGCGCAUACCACAGCCUGGGAGUUCCCCGAACAUGUGGAUGCCUAUGUGAACUUGGUGUUUUUGCUACUCGCCGAGGAGGUCAGACGAAAGUGAGUCUCGAUUCUUGAUUGAAACCGCAGAUAAACCUGCUUUAAAUAUAUUUUUGUAAAUUUUAAAUGUUAUGUUAAAUUUUGUAUUAAAGAUUUCAACUUUAUGCUUAAA